UUCUUCUUCCUUGUCUCGAUCUCCAUUUCAUACCAGUGAGGAGACGGAAGCUCAACGUCAAGACUCUCUUCCUUCUUCUUUCUUCUCCUCUUUGCUCGCUGUCUCUAUCCCUGUUGAUUUCCACGAUUCCAGGUUCUUUCCUCUCGCUCUCUCGCGCUCUUGCUUGCUGCAGUUCUAUCUUUUCUUUGGUCCCUUUGACGCGCUCUCAUGGUUCAAAGCUCUUCAUCGGUGUUGCGUAUUGCCUGCUGCGUUUCUUUUGUAUUAUGAUCGGGGAGUAGCGGGAGCCAUUUUCCGCUCUGCUUUCAGUUAUUCGUCCCUGCUGCAAUCAGUUUCCCGUUUCUGUUUCCCAGUUACAGUUCUCGAGUGUGGUGGAAUUUUUCUUGCUGCUUUUAGGAAUUGUGAAAUCUGUGGAUUGUAGUGAUCUCCAUAUGCUGCCGGAAUUAGAAACAAUUUUGUCCCCAACUGUGAACGAGUUGGUAUUUUUGUGCCGCAUGGUUGUUGGGGCUUUCUCUUAUGUGGAAUGGAUUGUUUCUAAAUUUAUUCUUGCUGCUGGAUUGUUUGCUUGCAGGAUUGUUGGUAAGAAACUAUGGAUUCCUGCUUUAAGAGUCUGGAACGAAGCAUGUACUGUGGUGGUUAUAGUAAUAUUGGGUCGAUAGGCUGUCGCCAUGGUUUAGGGAUUUAGAGAUAGUACGUUGGUGGAAUUCCUUCUAUUCGAAUUUUGCACUUCAAUUCUUCCAUUCAUCUUGCUCUCAUUGCUGUUGUGCUCGCGGAAGGAAAGGGGGAGCACAAAUAGGCACAAGUGUUGUUGAAUGGGUAAUAAGUUGGGAAGGAGGAGGCAAGUGGUAGAUGAGAGGUAUACAAAGCCACAAGGUUUAUAUGUCCACAAAGACGUAGACCAUAAGAAGCUCAGGAAACUCAUUCUUGAGUCCAAGCUCGCACCUUGCUAUCCUGGUGACGAGGAGUCGUGCAAUGAUCAUGAAGAGUGCCCUAUUUGCUUCCUGUAUUACCCAAGCCUCAACCGAUCACGAUGUUGCACGAAAGGGAUCUGUACAGAAUGUUUUCUGCAGAUGAAAAAUCCUAAUUCAACUCGUCCUACUCAAUGUCCGUUCUGUAAAACGUCAAAUUAUGCUGUGGAAUACCGUGGUGUAAAAACAAAAGAGGAAAAGGGUUUGGAGCAAAUUGAAGAACAAAGAGUAAUAGAAGCAAAGAUUAGGAUGCGACAACAAGAGCUUCAGGAUGAAGAGGACAGAAUGCAUAGAAGGCUGGAAUCAAGUUCUUCCAGUUCUAACAUUGCACCUGAGGAGGUUGAUUGUGGCUCUGUAGCAGUUCCAUCCGAUGCAUCAGCAGAAAGCAAUGAAAUUGUUUCUUCUCAACCAUCUAUCAGAGAUCCUGCAUUGUCUAGACCAAACAGGGAUGAAGACUUUGACCUUGAUCUCGAGGAUAUUAUGGUCAUGGAGGCAAUCUGGCUUUCUAUUCAGGGAAACAGCCGACCAAGAAAUAUGUCCUAUGAUGUUUCGUCCGAGCAGUAUGGGACACAAUGCUUUAUGCCACAAAUCACUGCUGCUCAACCGCCGGUUGCUUCAUCAUCUUCGUCAUCAUCAUCUCCUUCUGGCGGUCUUGCCUGUGCAAUUGCAGCCCUUGCCGAACGUCAGCAGAUGGUCCUUGGGAAUGUCGUGUCAACAGAUGACGUACACUGUAACAAUAGCUUCUACAGCACGCUGAGCCAGCAGCACGCAGAUACUUAUGCUCAACCUGAGAGCUCCAGCAAUGUGUCGCCUGAUUGCCAAAUCAUAGUGACAAGGGACGAUGCAGAAUGGAUCGGAAAUCGUGGAUCCGAUGCUGCUGCCGAAGCGGGCACGAGUUACUCGACCAGCUCCUCUGAUACGACAACAGAAGAGUGUGGAAGUUCUUCCUUAUCGCCAUUGCCGCCUUCAACUUCCCGGCCACCACUGCUGAAUGAGAUGGGAGGACCUAUUCUUCCUGAAAGCUUUGAGGAGCAGAUGAUGCUGGCCAUGGCAGUUUCGCUUGCUGAGGCUCGAGCUGUAACGACAGGAAGCACGUGGCAAUGAUCUCCGAAUCUAGGUCGGGGCAGGUGUUUCUGAGGUUGUAUUGUCAUGGCUCAUCAACUACAACUCGAAAGAGAGAGAGGUAGCUAUGGGUUUCUUCUAGAUCUUUGCUCAAAUCACUUGGCAACCAUAUAAUAGUUUAGUGAAUGAAAAUGUUUGUUUGGAUAGUUUCCCAUAAUGAUUCAGAUUCCUUGCUCUUCUGUAAGUGUCAAACGUACGUCUCGCCCAAACAUAUGCUAUGAAGUACCACGACAGGUAUAUAGCGACAUUGAGCAAGGAAAAACGACGGAAUGGAUGUGGUUUGUGUCCGUUGCUGUGUGUAGAAAUUGGAAUGGUGCGACUUCCAUAUCGACCAUUGAAGGUUCCAUACCGUUUGUAUAGCAACAAAAUAGUCGUCAGUCCCAUGAUUGUUGGUUUAGAUUAUCAGCCAUUCAUAUUGCUGUAGGGCAAAGAACUGAGAUGUUUCUGUGUGUCUGUAAGGUACAUUUUCAGAAGAGUAGUGGAAUCAUUCUGUUUCAGGUUCAUUGAUGUGUGUUUGGCAUACAAUUUUGAGG